GUUAUACGUCCCUGCACGAUGGGAUUCCUAUCUCCUUAUUCUUCUAAUAUCUCUGCGCUAACUAAACGUUUCGAUCUUUGAAGAAUGGGAGCAAUGGAAACCACACAUUUUUACCUACCAGUUGAGCAUCUCUCAUAGUCUAAUAUAAUGGACAUUAAUAAAAACAACGAAAAUAGGUCUAUUCAUUCGGACAACGUCGAGGAAGUUUAUAACGUGCCAAUUGAAGUUAUCAUACGACCAAUCCCUCCUGUACUAGACGAGAGCAAAGUUCAGAGCCUUAUGGGUACAAUACCGGAAUCUAUAGACAUCAGCACUGUUCCUCCCAUUGAUAUACUCUGGAUCAAGGGAAGGGAAGGAGGAAGUUACUACUACUUUGGAGGCUGUCACCGGUUUGAGGCAAACAAAUGGUUGAAAAUGAAAACCAUUCCAGCAAAGAUCUUCAAAUCAAAUGUUGCAGACCUGCACACUUACUUGGGUGCCUCAACCCCAGACCUACAGUGAAAUUUGAUUAAUUGAGGACUAUAGAGCCAUGUUAUACUCCAUGUGAAUCAGUGUUUUCAACUGUAAAUGUGCAGUGCAAGUACUGACAAGCAGGUGGAGAUGUAACUGGUUUAUAUUAUGUUAUAUCAUGUAUUUCCCCUCCUGUAUCACAUUUGAUGCUGAAAGGUGGAGCAUUGUGUAAUAUUUCAAAAUGCAAAUAACCCCAAUUGCAUAUCACAAAUAGAAAUAAAGAAGUAAGAUUCCUUAAA